CUUUUGACAUCUUCUGUUAUCCGUGUUGCUUAUCCCGUACUGUUUUUUUGGUAGAGAAACAGCUCAGACUGGUGGGACUCCAGGUAUCUGAGCAACUUACUGAAAAUUGAUUUCUUUUGAUAUAUCUGUCCAUAUUUCCUUUCAAUGCAAGCUUCUAUUAAUAUUGCUGCAAAUUUCAGGAACACAAAACAAUAUGGGACUGGAGUUGUUGAUGAAUGUGUUUGGUGUGGACUCGAAGCUGGUGGCUUAAAUCUUCCAAAUACACCUGAUGUGCCUCCAGAAGAGCUUUAUGCUACUCAACUGUCACAGCUUCAAGAAAUGGGUUUCUUUGAUACCCAAGAGAAUAUUAGGGCACUACGUGCCACCUCAAGAAAUGUUCAUGCUGCUGUGGAGCGACUUUUAGGGAACCCUAGCACGUAGUCAGUACACCUAUUUUGAAAUUUAAUCAAAGAUUCAGUUGGUCAUGUAAAAGUUAUUGAUUUGGACCAGUGUCUCAUAAAAGACAAGAUGUGUUGGCACUUUCAAUUCCAUUUUGGGCUGUGUGAAUAAGAAAAGUACACACUUCCGUGGUAAGAGGUGAACUUGGUGGACAAAGGCUUUUUCUUUACCAGGCAGUUACAUGCCCACUCUCUCUCUCUCUCUGCCAGUGCGCUGAUGUACAUAUACAUUUAAGUAAUUCUUCUGUGAAAUAUUUUCAGCUUUUAUGGAUAUUGAAGGAUGUCGUGAUGCAAUUCUUGUCCUGUUCCAUUUUGAUAUUUAGUUGAACAGCAUUUGUUUUUGGGAAGUUCAUGGUUUUUGUUUAGAGUUCAGCGUACUAUCAACCGUAGUCCUAACAUGCACCAGUGGAUUGAAUUGUCAUUUCAUCUCUCGUCUCGCCAGGUGUUAAGAUUUAUUAAGAGGCAACU